CGUAAUUAUCAAAAUUUUUUCCAACAAUUCAAAUUUUCUGGGGGGGCUAAGCCCCCCCACUUUUACUUCUGGGGGGGCUUUAGCCCCCCUAGCCCCCCCUGUUCCGCCGCCCCUGCGAGGUUUGUAACAAGGUAUUUUCUACGAAAGGAAAUUUGGUGAGACAUAAAACUAAAAGAACACACACUGGAGACAAACCUUAUGAAUGUGAUGUUUGCAAUAAAAGAUUUUCAAAGUCGAGCAAUUUAUCCGAUCAUAAAAGAACACAUACUGGAAACAAACCUUAUGAAUGUGAUGUUUGCAACAAGAGAUAUUCGCAGUCUGGUCACUUAACUGUACAUAGAAGAACACACACUGGAGACAAACCUUAUGAAUUUGAUGUUUGCAACAAACGAUUUUUACGAUCACGUACACAUGUUAGCGGUUCAUAAGAGAACACACACUGGAGAGAAACCUUAUGAAUGUGACGUUUGCAACAAGAGGUUUUCGCAAUCAAGCCACUUAACAAAUCAUAAGAGAACACACACUGGAGACAAACCUUAUGAAUGUGAUGUUUGCAAUGAAAGAUUUUCACAUCCAAGCCACUUCGCAGUUCAUAAGAGAAUACACACUGGAGAGAAACCUUAUGAAUGUGAUAUUUGUAAGAAGAGAUUUUCACAAUCGAGCACCUUAGGUAGACAUAAAAGUACGCAUACUAGAGACAAACCUUACAAAUGUGACAUUUGCAACAAGAGAUUUUCAGAAUCACACAAGUUAACACAACAUAAAAUAUCAGCACACAAGAGAAGUCAGAGUUUUGAGUGUGAUAACUCAUGCAAGAAAACAGUCACACAACGAAAAAGUCUCAAACGUCACUGGAGAUCACACUUGAGAGAUGGGUUAUUAUUGUGUCACACCUGUGGCAAAGAAAUUAUUCAAGGUCAAGGACAUGCUAAUAAUAUACUGAGUGAUGAUCAAUUUGACUGUGACAAAUGCAACAAACUGUUCCCUGAUAUUGAACGUUUAAGUCAGCACAAGGCCAAAGACCAUGGUACAUCCUACCAAUGUGAUUUGUGUAAGGAAUUAGAAGCAAGAGAACCAACUGGUAUUGGUUAUAUCUGUUGUGUCUGUGAUGCCGAGUUUGAAAUUGCUACUGAACUUGAAGAUCAUAUGAGUAUGCACGACAAUGUGCUGCCUCACUAGCUAGGCAACAUAAAUUGAAGUUAUUUUGGGCAAUACUAUUGUUCCCAGUAAACUGUGAAACGACCGUUUUUUAGGCGGUUUGUCAGUGCUAUUAGUUUUGUCAAUUACGAAGGACAUAUUUGUUUUCCUUGUGAUCACAAUUCGUUGCAUGUGGCGUGUGAAAAACUGACAGUUCUGCAAGUUAAAUGGGUUUCUGAUUUUAUUUGUCAAUGAGUGCGUAGUUUUGAUUUAAAAUUCAAAAUUAUGCACCUCAUUGGCCAAUAAAAUUGGAAUCCCAUUUAACUGUCAGAAAUGUCAAACUGAAACUUGCAGUUUUUCACACGCCGCUUGCAACGAACUGUGAUCACGGGUUACACAAAUAUGUCAAAACUAUCACUGACAAACCGCCCAAAACAGGUCGUUUCGCAGUUUACUGGGAACAAUAGUUUGUUGUUUUGAUAUAUCUCUUAAAAUUCAUUUGGGAUUGUUUUUGACUUGUUUUGGGAUUCUUUUAAAGCUUUUGAAAUGCAGUAUAAACUGUUUGAUACUGAAAAUAAUAUUGAUAUUAUCGUGGUGACUGAUUUUUUGAUUCAGG